AUGGCUUCUAGCUCGGAGAAUGACCUCUCUUGUCCCGUUUGCUACAACAUUUUCAAAGACCCGGUCAUCCUGUCGUGCAGCCACAGCUUCUGCCGGGCAUGCAUCCAGAGGUGGUGGGCGGACAAGGAAACACGACCGUGUCCGUUCUGCAAGAAGAAUUCAUCGAGCACCGACCCUCCUCGCAACCUGGCACUGAAGAACCUGUGCGAGGCCUUUCUGAAGGACGGGGAGCGGCGGGCGGCAGCAGGGCCCGAGCACAUGUGCAGCCUGCAUGGUGAGAAGCUCAAGAUCUUCUGUCUGAACCACCAGGAGCUGAUCUGCUUGGUCUGCCGGGACUCCAGGACUCACAGAGACCACCAGUUCAGCCCCAUCGACGAGGCGGCUCAGGAUCUCCGGCAGAAGCUGCAGAGAGACCUGACACCCCUCCGGAGGAAGCUGACGCUCUUCCAGCAGGUGACGGGGGACUGCAUCUCCACGGCAGACUACAUCCCGGUCCAGGCCCGGGACACUGAGAACAACAUCCGGCAGCAGUUUCAGAAGCUUCACCAGUUCCUGGAUCAGGAAGAGAAGGUGAGGGUGAAGGCGCUGAAGGAGGAGGAGGAGCAGAAGAGUCGGCUGGUGAAGGAGAAGGUGGAGGCGCUGACCCGGGACAUGGACGCUCUUUCAGACACGAUCAGAGCGACGGAGACGGAGCUGAGAGCCGGAGAUGUCUCGCUGCUGCUCAACCACAAGGUGGCGACCCGGAGGGUCAAGCAGGGCCCGGUUCUGAAAGACCCGGAGCCGGUUCCAAGGGCUUUGAUAGAUGUGGCCAAACAUCUGGGCAACCUGACCUUCAACAUCAUGAAUGAGAUGAAGGACAUGGUGGACUACAGUUACCCUGCAGAGGAGCAACCUGUAGAGGAGAUGGUUGCCCGGGGGUCGUCAGAGGAGGAGCUGGUGAGGAGGAGUUUUCACGAGAUGGAACCGAGGAGGAGGUUCCCCGGGGGGUCGCCAGAGCUGCCGAGGAGGAGGUUCCCCGGGGGGGUGGGAGCACCCGCCCGCACGAAAGUGCCACUCCAAGACAAUAGACCCUAUACGGUCCAGGUGACAAGAAACCCCCCAACAGGGCGAUACCUGCGCAGGUCCGACAACGGAGGGCCCCAGACCCAGGCAUCCGGUUUAGUUGCCCGUGGUUUUUCUUCUGAUUCUGAUUCUGAUUGA